UCCAUCCUCCAUGUAUUGUUUGUUUACGAAGCCUCUAGCUCUGAUGCAUCCAUCCACCAGCUUCCCUUCCACCAUUGCGGAACAAACAACCUAUAAUAAGCUGUUUACACCACGGCCAUGUUUCCAUUAAUACCAUAGGACAAACAUGACAAACCCUGCACCCUGAGAGAUGGCGGUUUGGCCGCCAUAUAUGUAAGGGCUCUUCUGGGCUUCGUUGAGUAAUUUGAGGGCGGGAAGAAGAUGUUGCUUCUUGGAGUUUUAUUAGUUUCUCUGGUUCUGAGUGAUCUUGUUGUUGGAGGGGAGGUGAAGGGUGUUGGGCAACAAUGUAGUUUUCCGGCAAUUUACAACUUCGGCGAUUCGAAUUCCGACACCGGCAGCUACUCGGCCGCCGUUCUCGCUGUCCGGGAGCCCUGCGGCGAGACUUUCUUCGGAAAACCCGUCGGAAGAGUCUGCGACGGCCGUCUUAUCAUCGACUUCAUAGCUGAGCAUCUGGGGCUGCCGCAUUUGAGUUCAUACAUGGAUUCGAUCGGAACAAAUUACAGCCAUGGAGCCAACUUCGCAUCAGCAUCUGCAACAAUUGGGCCUCCGGCAAGCACCGCGAGUACCCCCUUCAGCUUGGAGUUUCAGACGGCUCAAUUUAAGCAAUUCAAGUCCCGAGUCAUUGACCUUUACAACCAAGGCAAGAACACGGACAGGCUCCCAAGGCCUGAGGACUUCUCAAGGGCUCUUUACACAAUCGACAUCGGGCAGAAUGACGUCACAAUGGCAUUGUUCGGCGAUCCUCUACCUGUGAUCCGGGGCCUCGUCGAUAAGCUUGGCAAUGGAGUUAAGAAUUUGUACAACGAAGGGGCGAGGACAUUUUGGAUACACAAUACGGGUCCAGAAGGGUGCUUGCCGCUGUACAUCAAUGAGGCGAGAAGGGAUGCAUAUGGGUGCGACAUGGGCCGGAAUGCAGGCGCCAUGGAAUUCAAUCGGCAGCUCAGGGAGAAGGUGAUUCAACUGAGGGGAGAGCUCCCAGAAGCUUCCAUAACGUAUGUGGAUGUGUACUCUGCAAAGUAUGAAUUGAUCGGCAACGGCAAGAAGCUUGGGUUCAGUGGCGACCCGUUUGUGUGGUGCACUCCGCACCGGGAACUGGGUCUGUGUUCGAACCCUGAAUCGUAUAUUAGCUGGGAUGGCAUCCAUUAUACUGAGGCUGUGAACCGUCUGGUCGCCAAGAACAUCGUCGGCGGCUUCUUGUCGGAUCCUCCGGUUCCCAUACCCUUUGCUUGCCACAGAGACGCCGACGCGUCGACGCUCGUGAAACCCAAGUCACCGGCUGAAAUUUUUUCUUAAUUCAUGUUUGGAGAAUCGUUUCAUUGUCUAAAUUAAUGCAUAUUUUUUUUAAUCAAUUCAAAUUUGAUUUGAAAAUUUCCCAAAUUAUAACAUUAGUAAACAAAA